AAUGCGUUUAACUCUAACUCGACGGCGGUGUUUCCCAAAUCUCCAUCCACGUUACCGGUGUUAUUCCACCCCGCCCAUUAGCUGGGGCUGGACAGAUAUGUUGGAAUUAUCUGGCUUUUCCCCCCACACCUCCACACCCCCCUCCAUGAACUGAUAGAGGUAAAUCAUAUGAAUAUGGAGGGCGAUAACUGUGAUCCGGACAGGCCCGCUCAUCCCGGGAUUUUCCCAGCCGGCGAAGGCGGGCAGAGCUACCACCAGCCGUGGGAACGCAGCAUGGACUUCCCGGUGUCUGUAGUUCUACCUGCCGGCGGCACCGGAGAGAGAACCGGACUACAAACACCAAAGCAGUUCUGCUCGUUUCUGGGAAGACCGCUCAUAAGCUACACUAUCCAGUCUUUUGAGAGGGUGUCAUGGAUCCAGAGCAUCGUGGUUGUUGUUGCCAAAGAAAACAUGGACCUGAUGACGGACAUCAUCCAGCGCUUCCAGCACAGGAAGGUUCGGGUGGUGCCAGGCGGCUCGACUAGACACAGGUCAAUCUGCAACGGGGUCCUGGCUCUGGGCGGGCAGGGGGAGGAGCAGGAGAGGCUACCGGCCGACAAGCCGAAGGUGGUCAUCAUCCAUGAUGCUGUGCGGCCCUUUGUCGAGGAGGACUUUCUGUACAAGAUCGCCAUGGCUGCUAAGGAACAAGGGGCAGCGGGAGCCAUCCGACCGCUUGUCUCCACAGUGAUCGCCACCACAUCAGAGGGAUACCUGGACCACUCUCUGGAGCGAGCCAGAUACAGAGCCAGCGAGAUGCCUCAGGGAUUCACAUACGACGUCAUCUAUCAAGCCUAUCAGAGGUGCACCGAGUCCGACUUUGACUUUGGCACCGAGUGUCUCCAUCUGGCUCUGCAGUACUGUGGCACCAACGCCAAGCUCAUCGAGGGUCCGCCAACACUGUGGAAGGUGACCUACAAACGGGAUUUAGCUGCUGCAGAGUCGAUUAUCAAAGAGACUCUAUCCCGGUCGGCCUGCGUUAUCACCGGUGGGUCAGCAGGAGCUGUGACGUUGGCUGACGCCCUCCAGAAGGCUGCUGGAGCUCUGGACAUGGAGCUGGACGUCGUCCCGGAUCUGAAGGGAGACAACGGCAGGUAUCUGUUAAAGGAGUGGAACUUCAUCCAGGUUUCUGUGAAUCAUUCUUCCCUUUCUGAAGUGGAGUCCAUGCUGAAGGAUCUGGAGGCGGCGAGUCGAGCUCUUCUUCACCCGCUGGUCGUCAUUUGGGUGCAUUUGAGCGGUUCGGAUGAGCUGUCCGUCAGCGGGGAGACGCCGGAGCCAGCGGCAAUCGCGGACGUGGCCUCGGCAGCCAAGCUCCGAAACAUCCUCCUCUAUGGCAUCCAGCUUCAUCAGUCAAAGGACACCGAGCGUUGGGAGAGGUCAGUGUUGAGGGUCGCUGAGAUCACUUCAGCCCUGAUCCGGGAGAGGAGCCCCGCCCUGGUGGGACAGCUUCUGCAGGCAUGAGGAGAAGCAGCACCGACAGAAAAUCCCCUCAGCGUAACUCAAGAGCACUGCACGGACGAGACGAUGGCGUUUUCUUCUGCUCUACAUCCAUCUCUUUGUCAAUUACAGCAGGGCUAAAGGGAUACUCCCAUAAUUAAAUAUUGCACUUCAUAAACUUUAGGGACUUGGUUCAAAGUCCAUUCCUGUUUAUAAAGUUUAAAAGUUUAUAUGAUUGUUUUCAUAGGCUGAAAACAGUAAACAUGUUAAAUUGGUGAAGUGGCCCUUUAAUAACUAUCUACCAGCCAGUUUUAGUAUUGGUUGUGAAAGAUUACGCCAGACUUUACUGUAAUCACCUACAAUUUUGAGUCAGUGGUCUAUUCUGAAUGUGGCUGAUUAGUAAAUUGGUCAGUGUUUUGUUGAGGUGCACCAGUGGCAAAUAAAAGAGAAACAUCUCCUUUUAACUAAAAAAA